UGCAUGAAAUAUAUAUUACUGGCCAAGCUUUUAACAAAUAAAAUAAAUAUCCACGAUGACUCAAAUCACGCAGUUUAUUUGAUACGAAAACAAAUAUUCCUACACGUAUAGGUUAAUUUUCACCAGGACCAGGAGCUUUUUUGAAACCCUAACUUUGCAGACAAGCAUGAGACUCGGCAUUGACGAGCCGACAUGACGCUCUUCGUGAGACUCUUCCUGCUGCAGCCCAUCCUCUUCUCCUCAGCGUGGUCAGGAAUAAGAGUGCAGGACAGCAGCCACGACACCGACUUGUACCAACAAGAUGGCCCCAUACAGGACGACAAAUCUUAUCUCAAGAACAUUUCUCCCGCUCCCUCCCUUCCCCCAAACCCUCAUACGUUACCUAACCCUUUCAAACUCCCCCCGCACGACGACGAUCUCCCUUACCCGUUCACGAAACACUCACAGCAGCCGAGAUUGCCGACACGCAAGGCACGCAUCAGAUUGCCGCCUUUCGUAGACCAACUGCCACCUGGACCCUUCAUAGACCCUGAGCGGUCCGGCAACGUCACGGCGCUGGUGGGGCGCCUUGCCACGCUCAACUGUCGCGUCAACCAGAUCGGCAACAGAACCGUGUCCUGGCUUCGUGACCGCGACACGCACCUGCUAACGGUAGGCAGGUACACGUACACGAGCGACCAGCGGUUCAGGGCGCAGCACAACACCGGCUCAGAGGACUGGCCCCUGACCAUCGAGUACGCGCAGGUGCGAGACUCUGGUGUCUACGAGUGCCAAGUUUCAUCCACGCCACCCAUACGCCACUACAUUUGGCUCAACGUUGUAGAACCUCAGACACAGAUCGUGGGUGAUCAUGACAUCUACAUCAAUAGGGAGAGCAGCAUCAACUUGACGUGCAUUGUAGACUACACGCCUGAACCGCCUGCCUACGUCAUCUGGAAGCACAACGGCAAGGUUGUGAGCUACGACAGUGAGCGAGGUGGGGUGAGUGUGGUGACGGACAAGGGCCCCACCACCUCCUCUAACCUCAUCGUGCGUGGGGCCAGCAUUCGCGACUCUGGGGUCUACUCCUGCAGCCCCAGUACGGCCCCAACUGCUGGGGUCACAGUCCAUAUCCUCAAUGGCGAGCAUCCCGAGGCGAUGCAGCAUGCGGGACACUCCCCCCAGAGGGUAUCCAUGCUACUGCUGGGCAGCUACAGCCUCGCCCUGCUACUAAUGCUUGCUCUUCCCUUCCACUAUUGAAAUUACUGGUCCCUGUUGAAAAUACUGGCCCACCAUUGAAAAACCUUGCCUCCCAUUAAAAAUAUUGAGCCCUAUUUAAAAAUACUGUCAACCCAAUGAAAAUAUUGGCGCCCUAUGGAAAAUACUGGCCCACCAAUGAAAAUACUUGCUCGUUAUACAGAAAAGUGACUCAUCAUUGAAAAUAAUGGCACCCAUUGAAUAUAUAGACACAUCAGGGAAAAUUCAUUGAACAUACCCCCUCCUCCAUUGAACAUAUUGCUCUCCCAUUGAAAACAAUGCCCCCCCCCAUGGAAAAUACUGGCUCUUCCAUCGAAAAUACUUGUUUCGUUUGAAAAAAAUUACUCCCCCCAUUAAAAGUUCCGGCGCCCCAUAGAAAAUACUUGUUUCCCAUGGAAAAUACAGGUCUGCUCAGCGGAGGACCAUAAAUAAUCUGGACAUCACGAUUUCCUCCCCAUUAAAUUAUUAGAUUGUCACUGCAAAUGCAGCGUUUGGUCAGUAUCCUUCAAAAUCCUGACAAAAAAAUGAUCCUUGUAUAAAAUUUAAUUGAGUUUGAAAAUUAAAGAAAAGCCAAUUGCAUUAAUUUUACUGAAAUUUUGCUUAAGGUAAAUCAGUUAACUUUUUCUCAUAUAUUUCUCUUUUUGAGCUCCGGCGACGACAUCACAAAGAUGAACGCUAUGUUGGUUAAUUGUAAAGUUUUAACGUAUCAUUUCUAUCCUGAUCCUGAGUGAGGUCAGAGCUUACAAUGUUUUAAUCUUGGCGCUUGUGGUGAUACUGUAUGCGGGAGCUUAUCUUCAUCUGUUGUCUUGUAUCAAAUGCUGUCCUGAGAGAUAUUGUUCGGCCUGUUAUCUAUACAAAACACUUUUUACAAUUUUUUCACAAGAAUGUAAAUCUGACAUCUUUAUCUUUAUAUUAUCUGCCAACCAACGUAAGUCUCCAGGGAUGUGUGGAAUAGUCCAAACUAAGAAGUUGUUGUGUUAAUUUUGAUAAGUUGAAAUAACCAUUCUUUAUGAUCUAGUUUCAUUGGAAAAACUGGAGUUUUAAACUGAAUAAUUGAACAAUAUGCUGAAAUUUUUGCACAGUUAGGCAGACUUGCAAUGGCAAGGACCCUACAUGAUGCGUUCAAAUAAAGUAGCCAUGCACAUAUACUGCACUCUAUAUAGUUCAGAGAUCGAAUAAGAAAUAAAAUUUUCGAUUUAUU